AUGAAAUUGGAAGGUCAGGUAGCAGUCAUCACGGGUUCCGGUAGAGGCAUUGGACGGGCCAUCGCCCUGGCCUAUGCCCGGGAAGGCGCAAAGCUGGCGCUGGCCGCUCGCAACGAAACUGAGCUGGACGAGGCCGUCGGGGCCGUAUCGGAGCUGGGCGCCGAAGCGAUGGCCGUCCCCACCGACGUCACCAGCCAGGAAGAUACGGAACGGUUGGCCCGUAGAGUGGUUGAUCGAUUCGGGCGGAUUGACGUGCUGGUCAACAACGCGGGUAACUCCGGCCCGGUCGGGCCGUUGCAGGGCAACGACAUCGCAGACUGGGUGAACACCAUCAGCGUCAACCUCACCGGCACGUUCCUGGUAUGUCGCGCCGUUAUACCCGUGAUGCUGGGGCAAUCGGCGGGAAAGAUCAUCAACCUGUCGGGCGCGGGGGCGACCAAUGCCUGGAGCAAUAUGUCGGCCUACUGUUCCAGCAAGGCGGCGGUGGUGCGGCUCACCGAAGUGUUGGCCCAGGAACUGGAUGGCAGGGGGAUCACGGUGAACGCCCUGGGGCCGGGCUCGGUGCAUACCAGCAUGUGGGACAAAAUGACCGAGCAAGCGGCAGAGGCGGGCGCGGACUUCAUCCACCAACUUGGGAUGAGGGUCACGUCGGGCGGGGGCGCGUCCAUUGACGAGUGCGCCGAGCUGGCGGUGUGGCUGGCGUCGGAAGACAGCGGGGAACUGACCGGUAGAUUGAUCUCGGCGGCGACCGAUGAUUUUCGCGGCCUGCCGCCGAGGAUUGCGGAGAUUAUGGCCGGGGACGCCUACACGCUGCGGCGGAUGGGGCUGGACUAG